AAAUACUUGGGCCUUUUAGCAAUGGGAAGAAUACUUCAAACUCAUCCAAAAGCAGUACAAGCACAUAAAGAUAUUGUUUUGAGGUGUUUGGACGAUAAAGAUGAAAGUAUACGUUUACGAGCAUUGGAUUUAUUAUAUGGAAUGAUUUCAAAAAAGAAUAUUAUGGAAAUUGUUCGGAGAUUAAUGGAACAUUUGGAAUGUGCUGAGGGUUCUUUCUAUCGAGAUGAGUUACUUCGACAAAUUGUAGCAAUAUGUUCUCAUGACAAUUACAAAUAUAUUACAAAUUUUGAAUGGUAUAUAUCCGUGCUUGUUGAACUAACCAAAGUGGAGGGUACCAAAUAUGGAGUACUUAUUGCAGAGCAACUCCAGGAUGUUGCAGUUCGUGUUCAAUCUGUCAGACAUUUUGCUGUUUCUCAAAUGGUUCUUCUAGUUCAAAAUGUUCAGCCUUUGUUGCAGGGGAACAGUUCUACCCAACGUGCAAAUAUAGCAGAAGUAUUAUUAGCUGCUGCUUGGAUUUGUGGAGAAUAUGCCCAACAUGUAAACAAUGUCGAUAGUUUAUUAGAAGCGAUGAUUAGAGUCAAAUUGUCAAUGAUACCUGGUGCUUUGCUCAGUGUCUUUAUUCAAAAUAUGCUUAAACUUUAUGCUUUACAAUUAUGCAAAUUGGAGGCGGAGGAAGAUUGGGAUGGUGUUGAGACAUUGGACAAUUUAUUUUGUUCUAAACUACCAGAAUUUCAAUAUAUGGAUCAUUUAGAAGCUCAGGAAAGGGUGAGGGGAAUUUAUCAGAAAUUUUCACGACUUAAUUUUACUGUUUUUCAGUCAUGUAAUUUUCUUGCUUUGCUCAAAUAUGCUUCAACAAAACACGCUGAAAGAAUAAAAAUAGGUGCUAGUCUUGCCAGAUGUUUCGAGGAUGAACUUAAUCCAGUUGCACCAAAAGCACAACGACGAGUUCCUUUGCCUGAAGGCUUAAACUUGGAUGAAUGGAUAAACGAACCUGAUACUUCUGAUAAUAAUGAGGAUGAAGAAGAAGAGGUUUCUAGCAUUGAGUCUGAUAAUGAGAUUAAUACCUCGCAUUAUGAACGUGAAAAUCUUCCACAACAUGGUCGACAGGCAAAACAUUCAACUGCUAAAAUAUAUGAAAUAAAACAACAAUCUUAUGAUAUUGAUAUUUCUACUAAUGGAAUUGCUUCAACCUCCCAAAGUAAAAUUCAAAAAGAAUCGGACCAAAAACGUCGUCAAGUUGAGCAGUUGAACAACCCAUUCUAUGUCAAAGAUAAUCCGAAACAGAAGAGGGUUUCUAAAAAUGUUGAUUCAGCUAAUAAUGCUGUACGGACUCAACCGGAAACUCGUAAAAUACAAAAUCCUCUGGAAAUUGAUGGUGUUGUUGGUCUGGACAAAUUUUUAAAGCAAAAAGAUUCUACUAUUCAUUGGAAGAAUUUGGAUAAGAAGAAAAAUGACAAGAAGAUAAAGAAAAAUACAAAAUCAAGUAAAAAUCAAAAUGGAAAGUUGUUCAAAACAAGCGAUGAUGAAAUAGAAGGAAAUACAGCAGAACAAAACCCUGAGGAAAAUAAAAAUACAAUAUACAAAGGUGAUGGUGAAAUGCCAGAAGGAGCACUUUCAAGUUCUGAGGAGAAUGAGUUAAACGACAAUUUUCUAAAUAUCCAACUAGUCGAAGUUGAAGAAGAGGAUGUUGACAACAAUAAAAGAAGCAGCAUUACAACAAUUAAAAGUAAUCCUAAUAAACGAAGACGAAAAAUUAAAGAAGCAACAAUUAAUAAAGAAGGUUUGGAAGAUGAUGAAAAUAUAACAACUGCAACAACGUCAGAAAAGAAGAAAAAAUUAAAAAAGAAAAAGGUAAGCAAGAAGAAUGUUCAAGAAGAUAAACAACGGAAUAAAUUGACUACAACUAAAUUGGAUAAUGGAGAAGAAAAUGGUGCAGGUGUUGGUCAAGAUAAUGCCACAGAUGAUGGGGUUGGUUUAUUAAUUUUUCUAAAAAUUUAUUUAAAAAACUUGGGGAAAUGA